AACAUCGCGUUUCAGGGUUUAUACAUUCCUUGUAUUGCUUCUGUCUGACGAGGAACGCAGCUCCUUCAGACCAAGUGCGGUACCUUCAACAAACAUGAAUGUCAAGGUCCGGCCUGCGACCAGAGGAGACUGCAAGGAAAUAUCGAGAAUGAUCUCGGAGUUGGCGGUCUAUGAGAAAAUGCCCGAGCAGGUGAAGAUCACUCACGAAGAACUGGAGAGGGACGGUUUCUGUGCAAAUCCCUUCUUCGAAUGCCUUGUUGCAGAGGUGCCGGAGGAGCAUCGGUCUAAAGAAGGAUUCCCAAUUGUCGGAUACGCCCUUUACUUUUACACCUACAGUACGUGGAAGGGACGGUCCGUGUAUCUGGAGGACCUGUACGUGAUGCCGGACUUCAGGGGAAAGGGCAUUGGCAAGGGUUUACUGAGCAAAGUUGCUGAGGUGGGGAAGAAGAAGCAGUGCGUGCGGCUGCAGCUGUCGGUGCUGGACUGGAAUACGCCAUCUCGAGACUUCUACGCUGCUAAAGGGGCUCAGGACAUCACCGCCAGCGAAGGCUGGCGCUCUCUACGUUUUGUCGGACAAGACCUGGACAAUUUGGCGAACGAGGCUCCUAAAGAUUAGAGGUUUACCUGAGGAAAAUGUGUCGCUUUUCUGAGGGAAAUGUGUCGCUUUUCUGAGGGAAAUGUGUCACUUUCUGAGGUAAACGUGUCGCUUUCUGAGGUAAACGUGUCGCUUUUCUGAGGUAAAUCUGGCUGUUAAACAUUCACCCUGAAGAUUCCGCCAUAAUAUGCAACACUGUAAUUCAUCCUUCUUGUUGUUUUCUGGUUGAACAAAAUCAAUUGCAAGGCUCUGUGUGUAAUUUUGAUUUAUGAUUUUGAGUACUCUUAAAAUAUAUACUCUUAUAAAGACCAUCAUCAAUUUGAUCAUUUAGCAAAAUGAAACAAAAGACUGCUUAUAUUAGGAAAUCCAACAGAAUUUAUCUCUUGAUUAUCAUCUUUGUCAGAUCGGAUGAUGCUGGGUGAAUAUUAUUUGCAAUUUUACGAGCAAGACAAUGUUAUUAGAUUAAGUGGAAUCCCUGAUGUGAUGCCAUAUCUAGCCAGUAGGUGGCGUGUUUAAAACUGACUGAGCUGAGAGGAUGUCCAGGCAACGAUGAGGUUAAAUACACCACCAAGCUUUUAGUACUGGAGGGUUACUUUGUCUAACGAUAACACCAUAUUCAUGUCAUUAUGUUUGUUUGGUUGAAACUCAAAAUCUCCCAUUGAUACUUGUUCAGUUGCCAGAAAUUUUAUUUAUGUUUUGUAAAAAACAUACCGAAAUUCAAAGGAACACAUGUAAAAUCAUCCAAAAGACUGUGACAUUACAUUUCAAUUGUACACAGAUGGUCAAAAAAACAUUAUCCUCCAAAUAACUACAAAGUGUAUGUUUAUGUGUUUCCUUGAGUAACUAAAUGACUAAAUAAAAUCACACUGAUGCGC